GCGAAGCAGCGGAGGGAGGAGUUGCCGCCGCCUUCUCUGCCACCAUCACCACCACCCCCUCAGCUACAGUCACCGCCACUUCUAUGACCUCUCCCGGUGUUUGAGAUUGGAGCCGGCGCUGGUGGGUUUGUCGCUGCCAAGGGCUGCGUAGCUCCGAAGGUUUAACCGUAGGACAGAAAAACCAGCCGUGCUGAGAAUGAGCCCCUUGUGGUUAGUGUGCGUUGAAGCGCACUGCCUGCGUAACUAGAAGACUUGACGGAGGACGGCCCUGCUGCACGCUGCUCGACUCCCCCGCCGGGGUGGGAUCGCUUGUUGGUGGACUUAACAGUGAAUGUAAAGAAGAAAUCAAAAUGGAUCCAAGUAUGGGUGUGAAUUCUGUCACCAUCUCUGUUGAGGGAAUGACAUGUAGUUCCUGUGUUUGGACCAUUGAGCAGCAGAUUGGAAACCUGAAUGGUGUACAUCACAUUAAAGUUUCACUAGAAGAAAAAAAUGCAACUAUUAUUUAUGAUCCUAAACUACAGACUCCAAAGACCCUACAGGAAGCUAUUGAUGACAUGGGCUUUGAUGCUAUUCUCCACAAUCCUAACCCUUUCCCUGUUUUAACCGAUACCGUGUUUUUGACUGUUAUUGCUUCACUGGCUCCACCAUGGGACCAUAUCCAAAGCACAUUGCUCAAGACCAAGGGUGUGACAGACAUUAAAAUUUCCACUCAGCAAAGAACUGUGGUUGUGACAAUAAUCCCUUCUUUAGUGACUGCCAAUCAGAUAAUAGAGCUGGUUCCGGGUCUCAGUUUAGAUACUGGAGCUCUGGAGAAAAAGUCAGGAACUUGCGAAGAUUACAGUAUGGCUCAAGCAGGUGAAGUCAUGCUGAAGAUGAAAGUGGAAGGAAUGACCUGCCAUUCAUGCACUAGCACCAUUGAAGGAAAAAUUGGGAAACUGCAAGGUGUUCAGCGAAUUAAAGUCUCCCUGGACAACCAAGAAGCUACUAUUGUUUAUCAACCUCAUCUUAUCACAGUAGAGGAAAUAAAAAAGCAGAUUGAAGCUGUGGGCUUCCCAGCAUUCAUCAAAAAACAGCCUAAGUACCUCAAAUUGGGAGUGAUUGAUAUAGAACGUCUGAAGAACACAUCAGUCAAAUCCUCAGAAGGGUCACAGCAAAGGAGUCCGUCAUAUACCAAUGAUUCCACAGUCACUUUCAUCAUAGAUGGCAUGCAUUGUAAAUCAUGUGUGUCAAAUAUUGAAAGUGCUUUAUCUACACUCCAAUAUGUAAGCAGUGCAGUAGUUUCUUUAGAGAAUAAAUCUGCUAUAGUAAAGUACAAUUCAAGCUUAGUCUCUCCAGAAACCCUGAAAAAAGCAAUAGAGGCCCUACCACCAGGGCAAUAUAGAGUUAGUAUUACAAGUGAAGUUGAGAGUACCUCAAACUCUCCCUCCAGCUCAUCUCUUCAAAAGAUUCCUUUGAACAUAGUCAGUCAGCCUCUGACUCAAGAAACCGUGAUAAACAUCGAUGGCAUGACGUGUAAUUCUUGUGUUCAGUCGAUUGAGGGUGUCAUAUCAAAAAAGGCAGGUGUAAAAUCCAUACGAGUAUCCCUUGCAAAUGGUAAUGGAACUGUUGAGUAUGAUCCUCUACUAACCUCUCCAGAAACUUUGAGAGAAUCAAUAGAAGACAUGGGAUUUGAUGCUACCUUGUCAGAUACAAAUGAACCAUUGGUAGUAAUAGCUCAGCCCUCAUCUGAAAUGCCACUUUUGACCUCAACUAAUGAAUUUUAUCCUAAAAUGAUGAUACCAAUUGAUGACAAGGAGGAGGCAAAGACUUCAUCUAAGUGUUACAUACAGGUCACUGGUAUGACUUGUGCUUCCUGUGUAGCAAACAUUGAACGGAAUUUAAGACGAGAAGAAGGAAUAUAUUCUGUACUUGUGGCUCUGAUGGCUGGCAAGGCAGAAGUAAGAUAUAAUCCUGCUGUUGUACAACCCCCGAUAAUAGCCGAGUUCAUCCGAGAGCUUGGAUUUGGAACCACUGUGAUAGAAAAUGCCGAUGAAGGGGAUGGUGUUUUGGAACUUGUUGUGAGAGGAAUGACGUGUGCCUCCUGUGUACAUAAAAUAGAGUCUACCCUCACAAAACACAGAGGGAUCUUCUACUGUUCUGUGGCCCUGGCAACCAACAAAGCACAUAUUAAAUAUGAUCCAGAAAUUAUUGGCCCCAGAGAUAUUAUCCAUAUAAUUGAAAGCUUAGGUUUUGAAGCUUCUUUGGUCAAGAAGGAUCGGUCAGCAAGCCACCUAGACCAUAAACGAGAAAUAAGACAAUGGAGACGGUCCUUCCUCGUGAGCUUGUUUUUCUGUAUUCCUGUAAUGGGGCUGAUGAUAUAUAUGAUGGUCAUGGACCACCACCUUGCAACUCUUCACCAUAAUCAGAACAUGAGUCAAGAAGAAAUGAUCAACAUUCAUUCUUCUAUGUUCCUGGAGCGCCAGAUCCUGCCAGGAUUGUCCAUUAUGAAUUUGCUAUCCCUUUUAUUGUGUUUACCUGUACAGUUCUUCGGAGGCUGGUACUUCUACAUUCAGGCCUACAAAGCACUGAUGCAUAAAACUGCGAAUAUGGAUGUACUAAUUGUGCUGGCCACCACCAUUGCAUUUGCCUACUCUUUGGUUAUUCUUCUAGUUGCAAUGUAUGAGAGAGCCACAGUGAACCCUGUUACUUUUUUUGACACGCCUCCCAUGCUAUUUGUAUUUAUUGCUUUAGGCCGGUGGCUGGAACAUAUAGCAAAGGGCAAAACAUCAGAGGCUCUAGCCAAGCUAAUUUCACUACAAGCUACAGAAGCAACUAUUGUAACUCUUGACUCUGAUAAUAUCCUCUUGAGUGAAGAACAAGUGGAUGUGGAACUUGUACAACGUGGAGACAUUAUUAAAGUGGUUCCAGGAGGCAAAUUUCCAGUGGAUGGUCGUGUUAUUGAAGGACAUUCUAUGGUAGAUGAGUCCCUCAUCACAGGGGAGGCAAUGCCUGUGGCUAAGAAAUCGGGCAGCCCAGUGAUUGCUGGUUCCAUUAACCAGAAUGGGUCACUACUUAUCCGUGCAACCCAUGUAGGAGCUGACACAACCCUUUCUCAAAUUGUCAAACUUGUGGAGGAGGCACAAACAUCAAAGGCUCCUAUCCAGCAGUUUGCAGACAAACUCAGUGGCUACUUUGUUCCUUUUAUUGUUGUUAUUUCCAUUGUUACCCUCUUGGUUUGGAUUAUAAUUGGAUUUCUGAAUUUUCAAGUUGUGGAAACCUACUUUCCUGGCUACAACAGAAGUAUCUCCCGAACAGAAACGAUAAUACGCUUUGCUUUCCAAGCCUCUAUCACAGUUCUGUGCAUUGCAUGUCCCUGUUCCCUGGGGUUGGCCACUCCAACUGCUGUAAUGGUGGGUACAGGAGUAGGCGCUCAAAAUGGCAUACUAAUCAAAGGUGGUGAGCCAUUGGAGAUGGCUCAUAAGGUAAAGGUAGUGGUAUUUGAUAAGACUGGAACCAUUACCCAUGGAACUCCGGUAGUGAAUCAAGUAAAGGUUCUAGUGGAAAGUAACAGAAUAUCACGCCAUAAGAUCCUGGCCAUUGUGGGAACUGCUGAAAGUAACAGUGAACACCCUCUAGGAGCAGCCAUAACCAAAUACUGCAAGCAGGAACUGGACACUGAAACCUUGGGUACCUGCAUAGAUUUCCAGGUUGUGCCAGGCUGUGGUAUUAGCUGUAAAGUCACCAAUAUUGAAGGCUUGCUACAUAAGAAUAACUGGAAGAUAGAGGAAAAUAAUAUUAAAAAUGCAUCUCUGGUUCAAAUUGAUGCAAGUAAUGAACAGUCAUCAACUUCGUCUUCCAUGAUCAUUGAUGCUGACCUCUCAAAUGUUCUUAAUGCUCAGCAGUACAAAGUCCUCAUUGGUAACCGGGAAUGGAUGAUUAGAAAUGGUCUUAUCAUUAACAAUGAUGUAGACGUUUCCAUGACUGAACAUGAGAGAAAAGGUCGAACUGCUGUAUUGGUGGCAGUUGAUGAUGAGCUGUGCGGCUUGAUAGCUAUUGCUGAUACAGUGAAGCCUGAAGCAGACCUGGCUGUCCAUAUUCUGAAAUCUAUGGGACUAGAAGUAGUUUUGAUGACUGGAGACAACAGCAAAACAGCUAGAUCUAUUGCUUCUCAGGUUGGCAUCACUAAGGUGUUUGCUGAAGUUCUACCUUCCCACAAGGUUGCUAAGGUGAAGCAACUUCAAGAGGAGGGGAAACAGGUAGCAAUGGUUGGAGAUGGAAUCAAUGACUCCCCAGCUCUGGCGAUGGCUAAUGUUGGAAUUGCCAUCGGCACAGGCACAGAUGUAGCUAUUGAAGCAGCCGAUGUGGUUUUGAUAAGGAAUGAUCUUCUGGAUGUAGUGGCAAGUAUUGACUUAUCAAGGAAGACAGUCAAGAGGAUUUGGAUAAAUUUUGUCUUUGCUCUAAUUUAUAACCUGGUUGGAAUUCCUAUAGCUGCUGGAGUGUUUAUGCCCAUUGGUUUGGUUUUGCAGCCCUGGAUGGGAUCCGCUGCAAUGGCUGCUUCAUCUGUUUCAGUAGUACUUUCUUCUCUCUUGCUUAAACUUUAUAGGAAACCAACUUAUGAGAAUUACGAACUGCUUGCCCGAAGCCAGAUGGGACAGAAAAGUCCUUCAGAAAUCAGCAUUCAUGUUGGAAUAGAUGACACCUCAAGAAAUUCUCCUAAACUAGGUUUGCUGGACCGGAUUGUUAAUUACAGCAGAGCCUCCAUAAACUCACUACUGUCUGAUAAACGAUCCCUAAACAGCGUCGGUACCAGUGAACCUGACAAGCACUCACUCCUGGUGGGAGACUGCAGGGAAGAUGACGACACUGCAUUGUAACAAGCCACCGAGUGUGGCUAGCUCAUCUUGUUAUGCAUUGACACGACAUUCACCUUAGCUUUUCAAAAUAAUGUGGAAGGACUUUGUGUUGGUCUCAUGCUUUUAUGUUAGGGAUUCUAGUUGAAUUACAUUUGCCUAAUGGCAAAAAUACCUUUUUCAGGGCAUCAACUCUGAACCUAGCUUUAUUUAAAAUUAAUUUCCAGUAGUUUUUGUUUUCACUAGUAAUAGAUUUAGGCCAGUGAGUUUUCCAACAAGCACUAUGACUGAAGAUUGCUGAACAGCUGCUAAAGUGAUAGAUGAUUUCUUAUUUGACAAAAAAAAGCUCAAGAGAAGGAUAAUUAAAAAUUUGAAGAUUUGAGAGCAUGAUCUUGAGAUUCUUGAGGCCUUACCCCUGCCAGAUUGGGGAACAGUGGCUUUCAAACCACUGUAUAAAGCAUCUAGUUUUAGAAGGAAAACAGUAGAAACUAAUGUUUAAAAAUAGAUGUGCCUUAUUUAUUACAGGCUUUCUUCCCCCUUAUUCUCUCUGCAUAUUUGUCUUUGCACUUGCGAUCUUAGAUGCCCCAGUAUGUUUUCUUUUGUAUCUUCUUUUGAGUGAGAUAAGUGUAAGUGGUUUUUUAUUGAUAAAAAUAACUGACAAUUUUUCCAAUAUCUUGUUCCUUUCUUCAUCUUGUAGUUCAAAAGACCUUAAAGGUCUAUAGGGUUCCCUGCCUCCAAUCUUUCCAUUGUUAUAAAUAGCAUAUCAGAUUCUUCCUUCAGGGACUCUCUAGCUUGGUGUAAGCUUUCUAUUCACUCCUGCUGAGUCCAGUUCUAAGUUGUUAGUGUUGCCUAUCAGCCUCAGUCCAGAAACUGAAGAUUUUGAGCCUCUUCCACAAUUGAUUUUUUUUAAGAUCAAAGAUUUUUUUAAAAACCAUCUUUAACAUAUACCAAUCAUAUAAAAUUACCUGGAUUCACUACAUUUGUCCUUUUAUGGAGCAAAUACAAGAUGUUAUCUGGUAUAUAUAAUUUAAUAGAUUAUAAUUUUCUUUUAGAUAACCUCUCAAAAUGACUUUAAAAUAAUGCUAUUACACAAAGCUGCUUUUACCAAAAAUAAAAUGAAUUGUAAUACAGAAAUGAGAAUUUUCCUAGGUUGUGAUACCUUUCAGCCAAAUCAAUACUUUUCUCUAGUUUAAAACAUUUGUAAUUGCUAGUUAGUGUGGUUGGCAAGUUCAGGGGCUUGUUCUCAUUGUCAUAUAAACAUAGACAUUUCCCUCUGUGUGCCUGGGAGGUACACUGGCCAGAUAUCUGGUACUUGUGUCACUAUUUAAGUUUCCUUGUUAAUUGUAAGAUGGAUUUCAUAUGUAGAAUAUGUAAGUGAAGAGAACUCAUAAAUGAAUUUCUAAUAGUUUGUUUCUAUUGCCAUAUGUAAAGCUGCUAGCACAAUGCCUAGCAUAUAGGGUUUGUAUUCAGUAAGUGUUAGUUAUUUUCUCUACUUGAGUAAUAUUAUAAAUCAUUUUUAUAGGGCAGAGUCUAAAAUCAGGUGAGAGUAGGGGGUGGGUUUCUUCCCAUCCUACUUCCUCUGUUAUCCUUUCAGACACACACACACAAAAAGUUUACAACAUUAUUCCAUGCUGUCUUUUCAGAUUUGGAAAAGAUCUCAUUUUUAAUCUCAGCUAUGUUAAAGAGAGAAUGGAAACUUUUGAUGAAGGUGCUAUUAAUCUAGAAAGGCAAACCCAUUUUAAUGAAAUGUGAAUGAGUUUGUGUGUCUAUGCUGUCCCUUCCUCCCUCCCUCCCUUCUCCUUCCCUCCCUCUUUCUCUUUGUGAAUCACUUGAACAAAGCCAGUUACUACUUUUAUUAUUACAUGUGGGUUUGAGUUGUCCUUCUGGCCCCCACAUGCCAAGGGACCCAUAUGUCAUAGGUAGCUAGAAGAGCAGCUUAUGGUCUGGGAAAAAUCAAGGAUAUAACUUCAGCCCUUACUACCAGAACAGAAAACAUGGUGUUUAAAAGGAAUCCUGCUUUAAACAUCUGUAGCCAACUUUGAAUUCUCCACCACAAGUCUUUUGCGAUUCUAAACUCCCAUUAGCUUCAUAAAGUAUCUGUAGUCACAGGAGACAAUGGAGGGGAUCAAAAACAUUUCUUUCAGUUAGACAUUAGCUGUAAGUAACUAGUUACUACUGAGAACAAAUCUUAUAAAUGUGUAUGUGUGUAUAUCUGUCUAUUCAUGCACAUACAUAGAUACACACACAAUUAUGAACACACAUAUUAACUUAUAGAAGGAAAAUAGAUUUACAGUAGUCCCCCCUUAUCUGCAGGGGAUACGUUUCAAGUUCCCCAUUGGAUGCCUGAAACCACGUACAGUACCAAACCCCAAAACGAUUGUUUUUUCCCUAUACAUACAUACCCUUUCACUUAAUGGAAGCACUUAUGGUUUCUCUUUGGGAUAACCAAAUUGUCAGCAUCACUACUCUUGUGCUUUGGGGCCAUUAUUAAGUAAAAUAAGGGUUACUUGAACACAAGCACUUUGA